AUACACAUCAACAAACAUCCGACAUGGCAUUCAAGAUUGUUGUAUUGUGCGCCGCUUUGGCCGUAGCCAGCGCUGGUAACUUGGGAUACUCCUACGGAGCCGCCCCAUUAGCCUACUCUGCUGGAUACACCCAUGGAGUUGCCGCCCCAUUGGCUUACUCCGCUGGAUACGCUCACCAAGCCGCCCCAGUCGCCUAUUCCGCUGGAUACGCUCACCAAGCUGCCCCAUUGGCUUACUCCUCUGGUUACACUCACGGAGUUGCCGCUCCAGUCGCCUAUUCCGCUGGAUACGCUCACCAAGCCGCCCCAGUUGCCUACUCAGCUGGAUACGCUCACCAAGUCGCCCCAGUCGCCUAUUCUUCCGCCCCAGCUGUAUCCUACUCCAGCAUCUCUGCUCCAGUCGCCACCUACGCCAAGACCAUCGCCGCCCCAGUAGCUUACUCUGCUGCACCAGUCGCCUAUUCCGCCCCUGUAGCUCACGCUUACUCAGCCCCAAUCGUAGCUAAGACCAUCUCCGCUCCAGUUGCCACAUCUUACUCUCACUCCACCGUCACCAAAUCCGUAGCUCCAGUUGCCACCUACGCCGCCGCCCCAGUCGCUGCCUACACCAAGACCAUCGCCGCCCCAGUAGCCUACUCUACCUACUCCGCCCCAAUUGCUCAAACCUACUCCAGCCCGAUUGUCGCCAAGACUAUCGCCUCUCCCAUUGCCUACUCCGCCCCAUCUGUUGGUUACGCUAACAACUACGGAUGGUAAUUUAUUACAAAAACAUGUAAAUAAUA